AUGAAGAAUGCUUCUCUCACCAACAACUCUGAGUUCGACCUGCCUGCCCACGCUGGAACCCAUGUUGAUGCCCCUGGCCAUGUUUUUAAUGACUACUUUGACGCAGGGUUUGAUGUUGAUCAGCUUGACCUGGAUGUCCUCAAUGCUGAAGUUAUGAAGUCCCUAAAUAUUCCCAAGGGUACACGCCGGGUCCUUUUCAAGACAUUGAAUACUGACAGGCGGCUUAUGCAUCGAAAGGAAUUCGACUCGAGCUUUGUGGGAUUCACGGAGGAUGGAGCAAAAUGGGUAGUCGACAACACAGACAUCAAACUUGUUGGAACUGAUUACUUUUCCAUUGCCACCUAUGAUGAAGCAAUUCCAGCUCAUGUUGCCUUUCUCAGAGGCAGGGAAAUCAUUCCUGUGGAAGGCCUAAAGCUUGACGACAUCCAACCCGGAAACUAUUCUGUGCAUUGCUUGCCUCUAAGGUUGCUUGGUGCUGAAGGAGCACCAACAAGAUGCAUCCUCAUCAAAUGA